AAAAAAUCCCAUCUUUUCAGAGUUCCUGCUUGAGCUGCAAAGAACCCACCAAAAAAAUAAAAAAAUAAAAAAAUCUUCUUUUUUGAUGUCUAUACCUCAAGAACACGACUACAUAGGCUUAUCCGAGCCUCCAUCCCUCGAAAAAUCAUCCGAGAAAAAGAAUGGCCUGAAUUUAAAAGAAACCGAGCUGAGGCUCGGUUUGCCAGGCUCGGAGUCCCCUGAGAGGAGGUCUGGGCCUGGGGUUUCCAUAUUUGGGAAGGAUUUUAAGGAUGAUAACAAUGGUGGAAAUGGUUUUUCGAAGAAUUUUGUUACCGGGGCAAAGAGGGUUUUUUCUGAUUCAAUCAGUGGUUCUGGGAAGUGGGGUUUGGGUAUUAAUGGUGGAUCUGAGGGUAAUUUGGGGAAAAGUGAUGGCUUGUUUUCACCAAGAGAUGGUGUUGGUAGAGAUUGCAAGGGCAAGCACAGUUUGCCUAUGAGUUCUGUGAAGGAGAUUGUUCCUCCUGUGAAGAAGCCUGUCGAGGAGAAGAAGAGUGAAAAUUGCAAUAAUGCCCCUGCUGCAAAAGCACAAGUAGUUGGAUGGCCACCAAUUAGAUCUUUCCGGAAGAAUACCCUCGCCACCAAUUUACCGAAAAACGAUGAGCUCCGUAAAAAAUCAGGACUGGUUUGCCUGUACGUGAAGGUCAGCAUGGAUGGUGCCCCUUAUCUGAGGAAGAUUGAUCUCAAAACUUAUUGCAGCUAUCCCGAACUUUCAUCCGCUCUCGAGAAGAUGUUUAGCUGUUUCACCAUAGGGCAAUGUGCUGGGCAAGAACAGCUAAGCGAGAGUCGUUUAAUGGAUUUGCUUAAUGGUUCUGAGUAUGUGCUGACUUAUGAAGACAAAGACGGUGAUUGGAUGCUCGUUGGGGAUGUUCCUUGGGAAAUGUUCAUGGAUUCAUGCAAGAGAUUGAGGAUCAUGAAAGGCUCUGAUGCAAUUGGGUUAGCUCCAAGAACCAUGCAGAAGUGCCAGAGCCAAAACUAAGGCCGAGCUCUCUAUGGAUUCAUGGGGAUUUAAGAAAAUCGACAAAAAUUAUCUUUAUAUAUAUUUUUUUUUAUUAUUGUGACUAGGUUUUAUUAGAUCUGUUACUGUUAGUAUGGCAUGAAAAUGUUAUGACAAUGAUGUGUGCUGAAUUUGUAUUUGCCUAAUGGAAGCUUGUUAUGUAAAUGGAGUUAGUGGUAAUAUGAGAUUGUGUUGUAUUGUCCAAAAUUUCUGGAUGAUGAGCAGUCUUAUUAUCAUUGUCAAAUUUUGUAAACCAUUUGUGAUUGAUGUUUGCGCCAGGUUGAAUUUGUUUUAUAAAACCACAGUGGUCAUUGAAUUA